AUGAAACUCGGACUAGUUAUCGCAACUUUCAUUUGCUUAUUUGCUGUCGCCUUAGCUUAUCCUUAUCCUUACAGACGCGGAGGAUUUGGUAAUGGAUUCGGAGUCGGAAUGGGAAGUGGCUUCGGUGGUUCAGGCUUUGGAGCUGGUUUUGGAGCAGGAUUCGGUGGCGGCUCUGGUUAUGGACCUGGUGCUGGCUACGGUAGUGGAUACGGAGGUGGUUCUGGCUUUGGUGGACCAGGCUUCGGUGGUGGCUCCGGGUUUGGAGGUGGCAUGGGAGGUGGUUACGGUUUCUGA